GCCACAAUAACCCAAACAAUCUCUGGAAUGAUGACCCCCACUGCAUUUCAAACCAGCACAAGUCCACAUGGAACCAUGGGCUCGGUUUUCAUCUGUAUUCGGCUUGUGUUCGACACCAUCAAGACCGUCCCCAGCGAGAGUGAGAUUGUCACUAUGGCCCAAACUCUCUUGGAUGCUCGUCUAUGGCAGAUGAACGAUACAGUGAAAGCGCCGAGCAACAUGACGGACUUGAAUGAUCCAGUGAGAGUGCAGAAUAUUACUUAUCAGCAACUAUCCGAUCAUUCCUUUGAUAUGACACUGGGCUAUCGGAUAAACGACGUGCACAUUCCAGAAAACCCUGAACUCAGGAAUGAGACAUACAAACUCAUCCAGGAUGCAAUCGACAAACUGCUGAACCUAAUGCUGAUCCAACCUGAAGAAAAUCCUUUCCACUUCCCGCAAGCAAUUUUUACGAUCACACCUAACCAGAUUAAUGCCACUGUGGAGUACGUCUAUCAGAAAGGUGACAUCAAUGAGCCAAGCAAAUUCUUAACUGCAGUCCUGAACGCUAGCGACAACUGGAGAACCAACCACAACUGCCCAACUGCAGCCACAAUAACCCAAACAAUCUCUGGAAUGAUGACCCCCACUGCAUUUCAAACCAGCACAAGUCCACAUGGAACCAUGGGCUCGGUUUUCAUCUGUAUUCGGCUUGUGUUCGACACCAUCAAGACCGUCCCCAGCGAGAGUGAGAUUGUCACUAUGGCCCAAACUCUCUUGGAUGCUCGUCUAUGGCAGAUGAACGAUACAGUGAAAGCGCCGAGCAACAUGACGGACUUGAAUGAUCCAGUGAGAGUGCAGAAUAUUACUUAUCAGCAACUAUCCGAUCAUUCCUUUGAUAUGACACUGGGCUAUCGGAUAAACGACGUGCACAUUCCAGAAAACCCUGAACUCAGGAAUGAGACAUACAAACUCAUCCAGGAUGCAAUCGACAAACUGCUGAACCUAAUGCUGAUCCAACCUGAAGAAAAUCCUUUCCACUUCCCGCAAGCAAUUUUUACGUAA